GCGCCGUGACAGGUUCUGCGAAGGCUGCCGCCGCGGCGACGAUGGCAGAAGGGCCCGAGGAAGCCCGGGGUCGCCCUCCGGGAGGGGACCACGCGCCCGGCCCCUCCCCGAGAGGCCCUCCCGCGGCCGCCACCCCUUGUCCCCGAGAUCCGGCGCCUGUGGAACCCCAGGCCCCGGGCCGGCCCCUCACCCCGAGCCUCGCCCCGGAGGAAUCGGAGGCGCCCAGGGAGCUGAGGAGACGCCGAGAGGCGGCCUCGAGCUCCGGCGCGGGGCUGCAGGAGCCGCCGGGCCGCGAGGCGGCUGAGACGGAGGCGCCGCGGGACAAGCCGGCGCGGCUGAGCGCCCGCGAGUACUCGCGACAGGUGCACGAGUGGCUGUGGCAGUCCUACUGCGGCUACCUCACCUGGCACAGCGGGCUGGCCGCCUUCCCCGCCUACUGCAGCCCCCCGCCGCCCCAGCCCAGCUACCCCGCGGCCGCCGCCCCCCAGGCCGCGGCGCCGACCCCGCAGCUGGCCUAUUACAACCCCUUCUACUUUCUGAGCGCCGGGGCGGCCGCGGGGCCCGAGCCCGGGGCGGCCGCGGGCAUCAGCACCCCGACCCCGGUGGCGGGCCUGGGACCCCGGGCUCCUCACGGGCAGGGUACGGGCCGGGCCGCUCCGGGGACUCGGGCGGGAUCCGCAGCCCCUCCGCGCACCGCGGGCGAGAGCGGGAGGCCGGCAGGCAGGGAGUAUGUUAUUCCAUCCUUGGCCCACCGAUUCAUGGCAGAGAUGGUGGAUUUCUUCAUUCUGUUCUUUAUAAAAGCAACCAUUGUCUUAAGCAUCAUGCACCUCAGUGGAAUCAAGGAUAUCUCUAAGUUUGCUAUGCAUUAUAUCAUAGAAGAAAUAGAUGAAGACACAUCAAUGGAAGAUUUGCAGAAAAUGAUGGUUGUGGCUCUUAUCUACAGAUUAUUAGUUUGUUUCUAUGAGAUAAUUUGCAUUUGGGGAGCCGGCGGAGCAACCCCUGGGAAGUUCCUGCUAGGGCUCCGAGUUGUGACGUGCGAGACAUCAGUACUGAUCGCUCCAAGUCGGGUCUUGGUGAUUCCUUCCUCAAACGUUAGCAUCGCAACGUCCACCAUACGAGCUUUGAUCAAGAAUUUUUCUAUUGCUUCUUUUUUCCCUGCUUUCAUCACACUGCUAUUUUUUCAACAUAAUCGAACAGCGUAUGACAUUGUAGCAGGAACUAUUGUGGUAAAAAGAAACGGGGUCAGAUGAUGGCCCAGAAAAGCCCUAAUUCCAUACUGAUUGGAAUAAUGACAAGACUAAAUUAUGUAUCAGCACGAUCAGUAUCCCUGGGUAACCUUAAUUGACAACUUCAAAAUUAAAGCAGUCACUCCAGUGUGAGGCAGGAGACUAUUGGAAAGUAUUGAUUUUACUUGAAUACCAAAGAACUGUGCCAGAAAAAAGAUGUUCAAGUGUUAAAAAUGCUUAGCUCAAAGAGAAGGCAACUGCGUUCGUAAUCACCAAUGGACAAUAUAUAUGUAUAUAUACUUUCUGAAAAUCUAAGACAUUAGAAUUUGCCAAAUGCAUUUUCAUCUUUGAAAUCUCCAAGUGAAACUUUAAAAUUGUACCUUGGUUUUUCCCCCCAAAUGAUGGAAACUGUCCAGUUGUGUUUGUACACACCUCUGUCAUUUCAUCUUUUAGGUAACGCUUCUUGAGGAACUUGCCUUCCUUGGUUUUUGGCAGGAGCGAGGACACAAAUUGGAGGGUCCACUCGCCUCCCAUGCCGGGAGGUGGCGGGCGAGUGAAGCUGCGAGGGCGAGGGGCAGCUAACAGCUCUCUUGCCCUCAAGCGUUUUGAGCCGUUCUGUGGCUCACCGCAGUAAUGAUGUAACUUUAUAACUGUCCUUAAGCUCAGAUGUGCUUUGGGGGGCAAGUUCCUCAUGAUGACGAAAAGGUAUUAUGUCAUAUUGCUAUAUUGUUGAAUUUUUAAAGAAAAGGUAAGUUUUAGUGAUUGCUUGUAACGGGAGGAAAAAGUAAAUUGUCAUUGUAGUUUUAACUUGAAAUUCAUGUGUAUUUUCAGUGACCCAAAGUCAGACUCUAACUGUAUGGGGGAAACGUUAAGUUCCCUCAGUUGCAUAGUUCCCCUAAAACAUUCCUACUCUGUGUGUGCAGCAUGACCAAAGUGUUCCGAGUGUGAGCGUAGCCUGCAUUUCUAGAGCGCACACUUGCAUCUGCUUGCCUUUCUCUCACAUUCUAGAUAGUCCCAUGACUGCUGACACAUCAAGGUCAGGACCCUGGCUAGUUCAUCAGUAGCUCUGUGUGCUUGUGUCGUGGCCUGUGAGACAGUCACAGACUUCCCCUUAGGAGCUGCUCUCUCUACAGCAAGCGAGGGGCUCCCAGGCAGGUGUCGCCCUACGCUACGGAGGCUCAUUUGGGCCUUGCAGGAGAUGAAGUUAUG